AUGUGUUUAUUACGGAAUCCAUCUAUGUAUCGGUAUACAAAUCCUGGCAGCCAAAAUGAACACCUACAAGAAUGCAUUCUUAGUUGGCAUUCUAAACACAAAAAAUUCACACAAAUUCAAAUUUUUGAGAACCUAAAACAAGUCGCUCGCAAAAAUCAUGAUUACGCAUGUCUACUAGGAUUCUGCUAUUAUGAAGGUUUCGGUACAUUAUGGAACCUGCAAGAAUCAUUCGAAUGGUAUCACAUCUCUGCCGAACACAAUGAUGCAUUCGGUCAAAAUGAGCUCGGAUAUUUCUACCAAGAGGGAUACGGCACAAAAGUGGAUCAUGAGAAAGCUUUGUACUGGUAUCGAAAAUCAGCGGAUAAUGGUUGCAGUCAUGCGAAAGGCAAUCUCGGACAUUGUUAUCAGGAUGGAAUUCAUGUAAAAAGAAAUUUACGACAUGCUUUUUAUUGGUACUCCAAAAGUGCAGAGAUGGGUGACGAAUCGGGCAAGUGUAAUUUGGCAACUAUGGUUAUCCGUGGUAAAGGAACAAAUAUUGAUGUUCAUCAGGCCUUGAAAUUGUAUCUGGAAGCGAAGAAUGUGGGACACACGCACGUAGAACAAUAUUUUCGUACAAUUUUCUAUUCACUUCGUUAUUCUCUUCCUUAG